AUGUCCACAACCACCAACACACAAACCCGUGCGACAGGUCAGCGAGGUCGUCGCGGCAAGGGUCGCGGCGGGUCUCGAGGAUCACAGCGGGGAAAAACAACCUCGUCCACAGCGCCGGAGACACCACAGCCCGAUAGUCUCCCGGCCUCGAAUUCCAUGCAGAGUGCAGCAAAAGACGACCCGGCCACGGAAGAGACUGAUGAUGAUGCGGUAUGUUGGAUAUGCGCGGAGCCAGUGAAGUACUACUCUCUGUCCGAGUGCAAUCACCGGACGUGCCAUGUCUGCGCUCUUCGGCUGCGAGCCCUCUACAAGAAACAAGAGUGCACAUUCUGCAAGGAACCACAGCCCUCCGUGUUAUUCACCAAGUCCGCGGACACACCAUGGUCGCUCUACACUCCAGACAUGAUCCCGUACAAGGAUCCUAAAUUAUCAAUAUCUUUCGAGACCCAAGAGAUGAUGGAAGAGACCCUCAUACUCCUCCGUUUCAAUUGUCCUGACGCCGAAUGCGAUUACAUUGGUAAUGGCUGGAGCGACCUCAAGCUGCACACCCGUGCGGUGCAUGGAAAACUCAUGUGCGAUCUGUGUAUUCGCUUCAAGAAGAUCUUCUCUCAUGAACAUGCACUGUACCCCCCGAAUGUGCUGCCUAUACAUUUACCAUCUAUGCACCGUUCCCAUGGCCGUGGCGCAGAAUCCAAGCAGCAAGUGGAGGGCGGUAUUCACCCUCUUUGCGAAUUUUGCCGAGAAUGUUUCUUUAGCGACGACGAGCUGUACGCGCACAUGCGAGAGAAACAUGAAGAGUGUUUCGUGUGCAAGCGCCACGAGGUCAAAGACCAAUACUUCAGAAACUACGAUGCUUUGGAGCAACAUUUCAUGCACGGUCAUUUCCCAUGCAUUCAACCGCAAUGCCUAGCGCGCAAAUUCGUGGUGUUCGGGUCUGCUCUGGAUCUCAAAGCUCACAUGGUCGAAGAGCAUGGCGCAGAAAUGUCAGCCAGGGACAAGAAGGACGCUAUGCGUAUCCAGGCGGAGUUUGAGUUCGAAGAGGUGGGAGGUGCAGGCCGACGAGGCAGGCGCGAUCGACAGGGCCGUGAACGCGAGAGAGAGCCGCCCCCUCUACCUGUUAUUUCGGCGCUCGCAAGGGGUAGUGGUGCGGGUGGUCGACGGCGAGAGGCCUUCAGCGGCAACUUGACACUGGAUAAUCCGAGUACCAGUCGAACGCCAAACGGAAAUACACUUAGUCGCAGUCAGCAACCCAGUCGACGACAAUCACCUUCCCCACCCGAAGCAGAAGCGGGAACUGCAGAACGCAGUCCCGCUCUAGUCGCGCGAAUAAACUCGUUGGCACCGAAUCCAACCUCUGCCGUCCCGGCUAUUCAAGCUGCGAUCCGCUCGUAUCGCGCAUCUGAGUCCGGAGCCAGAGAUCUCAUAUCAACGGUCUGGAAUAUCCUCGACCGCAACCUCGAUGGGAGUGCAAGCAUCGUUAAUUUGUUAGUGGACGGCAUGGACGAGGAAGAGAAAAGGCGAGACUUGUUGGCCGCAUGGAACGGCUUCAAAGUUGAGCAACGCGGACAAUUCCCUGAACUUGUCCCAACCUCCACAGGCACGCAAUGGGCUGGUGUCACCAGCGGUCGUGUUCUGAAUGCCAAGCACUCUACUGCAUCCCGCAGCUCUGCACAAUCAUCGAGACAGCUAUGGGACCGUGUCGCACAGGCGGCAGGCUCGUCUUCUUCCACCUCCUCUAUACCGCCGGCACGACCUCCAGAACGCUUCCCGCCUUUACAGCCGCCAACCACGAAUCCAGCAUUUCGACAAUCACAGAGGAACACCCCUUGGGCAUCGUCAGCUGCAGCUGCUACGCCCGUUCCCAUGCGAGGUCCGACCUCAGUGCCAGGCCCUGGAGCGACUAGCCGCUCUACACCAACAUUGUCCAAAUCCGCUUUUCCAGAGCUCCCUUCGUUGACUGUCAGCCGGGUGCCAAAAAGCGCUGUCAGUGGAAAUCAGUCUUUGAAGAAAAUUCUCGGCGAGUCCGUCCCUGCCGUACCCGCUUGGGCAGGCAAGAACGGUGCAGAUCCCAGUACCUCAUCAGCCGCAGGCGAAUCAUCGGCAGAAGGCGGCAAUGCACAAGAAUCAACCACUGGGAAAGGCAAGAAGGGCAAGGGCAAGCAAAAACAGACAUUGUUCACCUUGGGUUCGUUCCCUACGUAG